AUGGCAGUGGAUAUCAAAGACGGAGACCAGUCCGAGAAGCCUGAUCUAGGACCUAAUACGGAAGGCAUCUCUACGUCAAGUCAAGAUGGCAAUGGAACUUCGUCACCGGGAACUCUUGAAGAGACGGGACAAAACACCCUGCUAGCUAAGGCAAUAAAAGCUUGGAAUUGGAUACCGCAGCGCUGCCGCUACGACCCCGAGAACCCACCAAACUUCACCCUCGCGCUGAAUAUAUUAUUCGCUUUCAGCGGAACAUUCACCGUUGCGAACCUCUACUACGCGCAACCAAUCUUGAACGUCUUAGCUAGGGACUUCAACGUAAGCUACGAGCGCGCCUCUGACGUCGCCACGUUGUCGCAAGCGGGAUAUGCCGUGGGCCUGCUUUUUCUGUGCCCCUUGGCGGAUAUGGUUCCGCGGCGGCCGUUUAUUCUUUUCCUUAUAUGGGUGACUGCAACUAUUUGGAUUGGGUUAUGUCUCACGAAUAAUUUUGAAGUAUUCAUUAGCUUGUCGUUUCUGUGUGGAGUUGGAACAGUCACACCGCAGCUAAUGCUACCACUUGUUGGCGACUUAGCACCGGCUCAUCGCCGUGCUAGUUCUCUGUCAGUAGUAGUAUCGGGAUUAGCACUAGGAUUACUGAUCGCGAGGGUCCUGUCAGGUAUAGUGGCAAACUUCACGUCGUGGAGAAACAUCUACUGGAUAGCAUUCGGUGCACAAUAUUUGACUUUAGUGCUGCUCUAUUUCUUUCUCCCUGACUAUCCCGCAAAGAACAAGGGGCUUAACUAUUUUAAAGUCCUGUGGGGAAUGGCUGUCAUGGUCGUCACAGAGCCGCUCCUCACCCAGGCGUGUAUUAUUGGGUUUCUCCUCAGCGCCGCCUUUACCUCCUUUUGGACAACUCUGACUUUCCUUCUCGCAUCGCCGCCGUAUGAGUAUUCUUCUCUCGAAAUCGGAUGUUUUGCCUUUAUUGGAAUUGUGGUUGUCGCACUUGCUCCAGUCUGGUCGCGUCUCAUUACAGAUCGCUUCGAAUUCCUCUUUUCGGUCGUUCUUGGUCUUGGUUUCGAGUUUAUCGGUAUUGUGAUAUCGACCUUCAUCGGGAGCUUUACGGUAGCGGGACCUAUUAUCCAUGCUAUCAUGAUGGACUCGGGUGCAAACUUCACGCACACUGCUAAUCGCAGUAAUAUUUAUAGCCUCGAUCCGAAAGCAAGGAACCGUGUGAAUACAGUAUAUAUGGUUUUCGCCUUUGGUGGGCAAAUUAUGGGUACAGCUGUCGGAAAUAGACUGUACGCUCAGGGGGGUUGGGUUUGGAGUAGUGGCUCCAACAUCGCUUUCAUCGGCGUAGCUAUUAUCGUCGGUAUAAUUCGUGGUCCAAGGGAAACCGGCUGGGUAGGAUGGUCUAAUGGUUGGAGUAUAAGGAGAGAUGACAUUCCAAAGAGAGGAGCAGCGGGUUCCGCUGAUACGGACAUCGAGGAAGCUCCGUCGCCGUCGGAACAGCCGGUGGAGAACCCAAUGGGUGAAGCCGUCCUACGGGAUCCGAGAUAG